AUGGAUGGAGUUGAGAAUGGUCAAGUUAUUUCCGAAGCUGUACAAGAGUCGAGUGAUCUCAGUGCGCAAAGUUAUGAUCAAGAAGAUCAAGACCUGUUGCGAAAUGCAAAUACCCUAGGGAAAAGGGAAAAUGCAAGUGAUGCUGAAGAAGAACGAUCACCUAAAUUUUUGGAAUUCAAUCAGCACUCUAUCUUUUAUGGAGGAUUGCCGAAUUAUGAAGAGGGCAUAAAGAUUGACCCAGAAUUAGUAUUUAAAAAAACUAAUGAAAUUAUGAUUCCUUAUUUUGAAUGGUCUUUUAAUUAUGAUUCUUGGAAUUGUUGGACAUUAAAAUCUGGUUCAUAUACAAGUCCUCCAAAAGAUAUUAUUGAACUUUUGAAAAUAAAAUCAUUAAAAUCUUUGGAACUUGAAAUAAUAAAGUUCAAAAGAGACAAAUUAAAAGCUCAUCUCCUGAAAGAUAUUACUAGCCAGAAUUCUAGUGAAGAAGAUCUUAUUUUGGAAAAUAUUAAGAUAACGUGUUCAAUAUUAGAUCCUGAAGAUCCAUUCACUGCUUUUUUUCACGAAAUUUUAUUUAAGGGGAAAGUCAUUUUAUCAUCAGUUAAAUCUUGUAGAAGUCGACGAAAAUGUACCAACUCUUAUGAGCAAAAAUCUAAUGGUGUCUUUACCGUAAAAUUAAGAAAAUUAUUAAUGGAAGUAGGCCACUUAAAAAUGAGUGGAGGAUAUGGGCAUAAAGAUAUUCCUCGUUCUACUUGGGAUGGAUGUUGUAAGCUACCGAUUGGUAACUCUUAUAUGUUGGAAGAAAUUGAGGAUCGUAUUGAAUUAUGGCAAAUGUAUAACCCGUCCUGCGGUAUUUUGCAAUACGAACGAUCAUGUAAGUCAAUUGUACCAAUUUGUUAUGAAGAACAUUGUAAACAUAUUUUCGAUUUCGUUGUCCUCCUUUGGGAUCUCAAGAUACAGUAUGUUCUGAGAGAUGAACAUAAUGAUAAUUUGUUUGAAUCAUCAAAACUUUCUGAAAGUCUUCCAGCGUAUCCAUUUAUACCAAAUAAAGAUAGAUACAAAAUCGGUAUUAAAGACGCAAAUGAAGAUAGUAAUCUUGAUAAUUCUCCAAUUCGAUCUGGCAGAAAUGAUAAAAAAUAUUUUGAAUCGUGA